UUUCACUGAGACUUGGGAAAAUAUCAGAGGCGCUUUGCUGUUUAAACGCUUCUUACUAACAACAUUGUGAUUGGAGGAAAAUCACAGACGGAAGGGGGGGGGAGAGAAGUCUCCAGAGUCCCCCAGAGUUUUAACUCUUCCCCUCCCCCUCAGGUGGUUUUCUUGGGUUUUCCGCAUUUGUUCGCGGAUUUCGCCUGCAACUGGACAUCCAGAGAAUUUGCUCCAUGUCUUGGAACCAAACAAUUGGCCGCUAGGUUCCUACUCGGUGCCUGCAAAGUCUCCUGAGCCUGUAGAGCGGGGCAGAAGGGAAGGGGGUCCCAGCUCGAAAGGGGCUCUGCCUCCAGGCUACCGCGGCGGCUGUUGUGCAGCGCUUGCAGGCGGUCUCAUUAAAGGGCAGGCAGUGAAUUCCCGGACUGCUGGGACGCCCGCUCGGGGGGGGAGGUGUCCUUCCCAACCAGUCUCAGGCGGCCGGGCUACCACUCACGGGGGAGCCGGCUGGGCGCUGCAGCAGAGUCGAGCCCAGUUUUGGUCCGUCGUCCCUGAGCUGCCGAUGGAGAAUCUGCGCGGGACCCGGCUGCUGCCGCUGCUCCUACCCCUCAGCUUGUUGCCUUUGCUCGCGGGGCAAGAAAGCUCAGUGGAAAAAUGCUGCAACAGUGGUAAUGAAUGGGCAAGUCAAAAAAGACACUGCAGAUCUCUGCCAUUUAUUUCUGACUCCAAAGAAUGCAGCAUAGUCCAGGAGCAGUGCUGCAGUAAUAAGCUGGAGGAACACUACUGUUCCAUCGGCAUUAACAUGGCCAAUGAACAUGAAGAAUGUGAGUCACAUGAUGAUAACUCCACUUGUGAAGCCAAAUUCACUAAGAAAUGCUGUUACUGUUGCUUGCUGGGAAAGAUGGCCCAAGUUCAAGGACAGAGCUGUGAGCAGAGCCAGCUGAUAGGAUACCAGUGUGGGCAGGUGUUCAGAGCUUGCUGUGUCAAGGGUCAAGAAGCCACUGAAGGGUCAAUUAGCGACGUUCCUAACAAAGACCAAGUUAAAAGUUUAGAUGAGGAAGUAGACCAAGAGGAUCCUUACCUUCAUGACCGCUGCAGAGGAGGCGGUCCCUGCACACAGCAGUGUAGGGACACAGGCUCCAGUGUUGUAUGCUCCUGCUUUGUUGGGUACCAGUUUCUGUCUGAUGGUGUCACCUGUGAAGAUAUUAAUGAGUGCAUCACUGGGACACACAAUUGUGGGCUUGGACAAACUUGUAUCAAUACAGUAGGAUCCUUCCGUUGUCAGCGUGAAACAAGCUGUGGAACUGGUUAUGAACUCACUGAAGACAACCAUUGCAAAGAUAUUGACGAAUGUGAGACUGGUACUCAUAACUGCCUCCCCGAUUUUAUCUGUCAGAAUACUCCGGGAUCUUUCCGUUGCCGACCCAAGCUACGGUGCACGAGUGGGUUUAUACAAGAUGCACUAGGCAACUGUAUUGAUAUCAAUGAGUGCUUAAGCAUUAACAUGCCAUGCCCAGCUGGACAGAUGUGCAUUAAUACAGAAGGCUCAUAUACCUGCCAAAGAAAUGUACUGAACUGUGGACGAGGUUAUCAUCUCAAUGAAGAAGGAACAAGAUGCAUAGAUGUGGAUGAGUGUUCAUCACCUAACCAGCUAUGUGGAGAUGGCCACGUUUGUAUAAAUUCUCCUGGGAGUUACCGUUGUGAUUGCAGAGUUGGUUACCAGUUUGAUCCCAUCAGUAGAACUUGUGUUGAUAUUAAUGAAUGUAGACGCUACCCAGGCCGUGUAUGUGCUCACAAAUGUGAGAACACUCCUGGAUCCUAUUACUGCAGCUGUACUAUGGGCUUUAAACUGUCUUCUGAUGGCAGGUUAUGUGACGACAUAAAUGAAUGUGAGAGCAACCCGUGUAGCCAAGAAUGUGCCAAUGUGUAUGGUUCCUAUCAAUGUUAUUGUCGUCGGGGCUAUCAACUUAGUGAUAUAGAUGGAAUCACGUGUGAAGAUAUUGAUGAAUGUGCUUUGCCUACUGGAGGGCACAUCUGUUCUUAUCGAUGUAGUAAUGUUCCUGGGAGCUUUCAGUGCACCUGUCCCUCUCCUGGUUACAGAUUGGCACCCAAUGCACGAAAUUGUCAAGAUAUCAAUGAGUGCGUUGCAGAAACACAUAACUGCAUAUUCAAUGAGACGUGCUUUAACAUCCAGGGCGGUUUUCGCUGUCUCUCUCUGGAAUGCCCAGUAAAUUAUCGCAAAUCGGGAGAUACAGUUGGACUUGAAAGGACAGAUACUAUUCGCUGCAUUAAAUCUUGCCGGCCAAAUGAUGUCAGCUGUGUGUUGGAUCCAGUCCACACAAUUUCCCACACAGUCAUUUCAUUACCCACAUUCAAAGAAUUUACUAAACCUGAAGAGAUUAUUUUCCUUCGUGCCAUAACACCCGUCUUACCAAACAACCAGGCAGAGAUCAUGUUUGAAAUAACAGAAGGAAAUCUAAGGGAUUCCUUUGAUAUUAUCAAGCGUUACAUGGACAGCAUGACAGUGGGUGUAGUUCGUCAGGUGAAGCCCAUUGUUGGACCUUUCCAUGCCAUUCUGAAACUGGAAAUGAACUAUGUGAUAGGAACGAUUGUGUCUCAUCGUAACAUAGUGAAUGUGCACAUCUUUGUGUCUGAAUAUUGGUUUUAGUAGACCUUUUUGAAAUCUGAAACAAGUAAGCCACUCCAGAUAAAAUCAUUACCAUAAACUAUUAUAUUAUAUGCCUGUUUGUAAAACCCAAUAGUGUUUUGUUUUUUAACAUUUGGAUUAUAGUUGAAUUAAGACAAUUACCAAGAAUUAAGAUAAUUACCAAGCUAUGUUGACUAGAUGUAGGAUGGAGCAAAAUAAAUGAACCUGAUUUAACUGUGUUUAUAUAUAAGUACAGUGUAAAAGAACUCAUUUGCUUAAAAGUGAACAUUCUCUAUAUUCAGACAAAUCUUAACUAUUGUUCCUAUAGCCAGUGCUAUAAAGGACAUGGGCAAAAUGAACUAGCUACAGACCAUUGUGAUGAAUAUAUGGUACCCUUAGAAGAAAGUUCAAAAAAUGAGUAAUUUUGCCUCAAAUUUUUGGGUGCCCAAUAUCAGAAAAGGCCUGAGUUUCAAAAAAUGCCAAAAUAUCUACCCUCUGAAAAUCAGGCCCCUUUAAUUUAAUUUAAGUCGUGCACCCAAAAAUCAAUUGUGACAUAAAGAUUUUUAAAAGUUGUUUGGCUGCAGUUACCAGAGGAACUGCAAAAGGAAGUAAAGAUAGCAAGAGGAAGUAAGUCCUUGAACAUAUCAAAUAAAACAUUCAUGAUUUUUAUCUAUUUGACUAUAAAUGAAGCAUGUUGGAUCCAAUUUAACCAAAUACCUCUAAUUGAAACUAACCUAUUUUUACAGCAGAUUGCCUACAUACCAAACUAUAGUCAUCAAUACAUUGGAAUUCUAAAUAAACACCUUCAGGCUACUAUUAUUAAUGGAGAUUGCCUAUCUCCUAGAACUGGAAAGGACAUCCAGUCCAGUCCCCUGCCUUCACAGCAGGACCAAGUACCAUCCCUGGCAAAUUUUUGCCCCAAAUCACUUGCACGAGGAUUGAACUCACAAGCCUGGGUUUAGUAGGCCAAUGCUCAAACCACUGAGCUAUCUUUAUAAACUUGGUAAUGAAACAAGUAUGUUUAGCUAUAGACUUUUCUGAGCACCAGACCAAAGCAUAUGCCAUAAUAUAAUGAAAUUCUCUUAAAUAAAUGAAUGUUGAAUGUAUUUUCUGGGCAGCCAAGUAAUGAAAAUAAUGUAUCUUUUUAUUACAAAAGUGAAAAUAAACAGCUCCAUGUUUA